UCUCUGUGGUGGUCUGCACCCGUCUGAAGUUGAUCAGAUCCUCUGAGCAGUUCUACCUGACCAACACUACCUUCACACAGGUGUACUGCACAGGCCUGGGCCAGCACUCCCAGAUGAGCUACAGGAAGCUGGACCAGGUGAGGCUGUUCCUGCGCUGGCUGAAGGGCCAGGAGGAUGGGCAGGUGCUGAGCCGGGCUCUGAUUGGAGGGUUCUUCAUGUUCCCGCCCCCUCCCAUCUCCCUGGAGACGUUCAUGACGCAGCGCAGAGGUGAGCUGGGCUUCCUGCAGGGGGCGGAGCUUCACAGGGAGCUGGACAGGCUCAGUUACCGGGAGAGACGCUGCUUCUGCAUCCAGGCUACUGUUGUCAUGGUUACCUACAGCUGCAGAGGAGAG